ACGAUGACUUUUGGAACCAAAUCUAUUCAGGGAAAUCAUCAAAACAAAAAGAAAAACAAGUGAAAUUUGCGUGGAAAAUCAUCGUAAUCGGCCAGAUGUCUUCUUGAGUCGUAGUUACUCCCGUUUAGCACAAAAAUUUCAUCCCUUUAAAGUCAUAGCAGAUAGCACACAAAAAUUACGACACUCUUCGCAAUUCAAGGGAAGGUCAAGGCACGAUUUUCAAGGGUUUUUCACAAUAAUUUCACUUCCUACGCACCAUCAUGGCCUCCAACCCGUUGAUCAACAUCAAAAACACUUGCGGUGGCAUUUUGUCACUCAAAACGAAGAUUCCCACAAAAUUCAUCCAAGGCCAACAAAAUCGUUUUUUUCUCUUUGAUGCCACAGCGAAUCAAGGAAAUAGUCGUCGAUUUGCCGAAAAAAAGCUCGUGGGCUUCUCGCCCGAGCAAAUGCACGACGUGGUAGUCGACGUUGCGAAUUAUUACAAGUUCCUACCGUUCUGCAAAAAGUCCAAUUGUUACGACAGGAAGAAAAACGCGUUCAAAAGUGACCUUGUGAUUGGCUUCCCACCAUUUACGGAGCGCUACACGUCAAAUGUGACGCACGAGAGACCUGCUUACGUCAAAUCCGAGUGCUUUGACGGCGUAAUGUUCAACUAUUUGCUCACAAUAUGGAAAUUCAAUCCGGGCCUGAAGGAUAUCGAGCAAUCUUGCGUGAUUGACUUCUUCAUCGAUUACCAGUUCAAGAGUGCGUUGUACAUGAAGUUGUCGAAUUUGGUGUUUGACACGAUGGUACGACAGAUGGAACAGGCCUUUUUCGCCGAGGCACGCGUCAGAUACGGGCGUCCAAGUAUCAAAAGUCACGUUCUAGUCUCCGGCAGUUAACGCAAGGACUUGCCUCCUUUAGAUUAAUAGUUUUUUUUAAGUGUGUGUGAGUGUAAAGUGUUAUGAACUUUAGAACCUACGAAAAUAAAGAUGUUAUUUAUUUUUAAAUAGAAAA